CGGCGCGCCAAGGCGGCGAUCCAGCGAGCGCGCGUGCAGCCGCCGCCGCCCCGAGCACCCGCAGCUCCGGCGCCACGGCGAGACCGAGGAGAGACGGACCGACUGACGGAGCCUCGCAGCCGCAGCAUCCCGGAGGAGAACAUGCUUGCUAAUUCAGCCAGCGUGCGGAUUCUCAUCAAGGGAGGCAAGGUGGUGAACGAUGACUGCACCCAUGAGGCUGAUGUCUACAUUGAGAAUGGCAUCAUCCAGCAGGUGGGCCGUGAGCUCAUGAUCCCCGGAGGGGCCAAGGUGAUUGAUGCCACUGGGAAACUGGUGAUCCCUGGAGGCAUCGACACCAGCACCCACUUCCACCAGACCUUCAUGAAUGCCACGUGCGUGGACGACUUCUACCACGGGACCAAGGCAGCACUAGUUGGAGGAACCACCAUGAUCAUCGGCCAUGUCCUGCCCGACAAGGAGACCUCCCUCGUGGAUGCCUACGAGAAGUGCCGGGGGCUGGCCGACCCCAAGGUCUGCUGUGACUACGCCCUCCACGUGGGGAUCACCUGGUGGGCACCCAAGGUCAAAGCAGAAAUGGAGACACUGGUGAGGGAGAAGGGUGUCAACUCGUUCCAGAUGUUCAUGACCUACAAGGACUUGUAUAUGCUUCGGGACAAUGAGCUGUACCAAGUGUUUCACGCUUGCAAGGACAUUGGAGCAAUUGCCCGAGUCCAUGCUGAAAAUGGGGAGCUCGUGGCCGAGGGUGCUAAGGAGGCGCUAGAUUUGGGUAUCACAGGCCCAGAAGGAAUUGAGAUCAGCCGUCCAGAGGAGCUGGAAGCUGAAGCCACUCACCGGGUAAUCACCAUUGCAAACAGGACUCACUGUCCAAUCUAUUUGGUCAAUGUGUCCAGCAUCUCGGCCGGUGAUGUCAUUGCAGCUGCUAAGAUGCAAGGGAAGGUUGUGCUGGCCGAGACCACCACUGCACAUGCCACACUGACAGGCUUACACUACUACCACCAGGACUGGUCUCAUGCGGCUGCCUAUGUCACAGUGCCUCCCCUGAGACUGGACACCAACACCUCAACCUACCUCAUGAGCCUGCUGGCCAAUGAUACUCUGAACAUCGUGGCAUCAGAUCACCGGCCUUUCACCACGAAGCAGAAAGCUAUGGGCAAGGAGGACUUCACCAAGAUCCCGCAUGGAGUGAGCGGCGUGCAGGACCGCAUGAGCGUCAUCUGGGAGAGGGGAGUGGUCGGAGGAAAGAUGGACGAGAACCGUUUUGUGGCCAUUACCAGUUCCAAUGCAGCGAAGAUUCUCAACCUGUAUCCCCGCAAGGGCCGCAUCAUCCCAGGAGCCGAUGCCGACGUGGUGGUGUGGGACCCAGAAGCCACAAAGACCAUCUCAGCCAGCACCCAGGUGCAAGGAGGAGACUUCAACCUGUACGAGAACAUGCGCUGCCAUGGUGUGCCACUGGUCACCAUCAGCCGGGGGCGGGUCGUGUAUGAGAAUGGUGUCUUCAUGUGUGCAGAGGGCACUGGCAAGUUCUGUCCCCUGAGGUCCUUCCCAGACACUGUCUACAAGAAGCUGGUCCAGAGAGAAAAGGUUCUCAGAUCGAUGACCACGUUCCAAAGCGAGCUUCGGCUCGGAUCCUCGCUCCCCCCGGAGGCAGGUCAAGCGGCAUUUGGUAAAGGCACUGACCAGCCCCCCAAGAGAGGAUGCACCACUGCCACCAGCCCGCGCACCCUCCAGCCACAGCUGCAGGGGGCGGGAGAGGCUGGACUGGGCAGCACACCACCUGAGGGGGCCAGGGGACCCAGGGAGCCCUCCCCAUGUCAGACACGUGAUUCACUGUGCUUCGAGCCAACCCUAACAGGCACUUUGAGAUGUGUUCCUCCCGCUGCAGUCCUUCCCUGCCUUGGCCCCGGCAGGCUUUUCUGGGGCCCAGGAAGCCCACACUAUGCACAGAGCCCAAUGCAUAGAGCCCGGCCCAGCCCCUCCUCUCACACCUGCCUCCAUGUGCUGGCUUGGGGAAAGGCCAGACUUUAGUGCCCUGCCCCUGGCUGACCCGCCAGUUGUCCAGAGCACUUUAGCAGAUGUGUUUU